GCCAGUUGUCGCUGGGGGCGAUGGCGAUGGCGGUGCCGGUGCCGGUGCUGGUGCUCCUGCCGGUCGUCCUCGCGGGGCUCAUGUCGCUGCCCUCCACGACUGCUAGCAUCGCGCCCGCGUGCAGCAGGUACGAGACGCCUGGAUGUCCGAGGGACUACAACCCAGUCUGCGGGACCGACGGCGAGACGUACCCCAACGAGUGCGUCCUCUGCGAGUCAAACAGGGAAAAUAAAAAGAAUGUCCAAAUUUUCCAGAAGGGAAGUUGCUGAUAUGACAGAUGGAAGCUUUUAAGAAAAUGAGAAGGGAACACGAGUCAAUCCAAAUAGAAACAUCUUAAUGUACCUUCUACAUAUCCUGUCUUAAUAAAUAAGUUUGCCUGCUUAAACAA